CCUUGUUGUGUUUGACGUCAUCAAAGCGCGCCACAGUUGAACGUAAAACAACCGCCCGCGACGGUUGAGUCUGCUACUUUUGUGUCUAUCAGAGUCUGUGAUUGGACGAGAGAGGUCACAUGGCAGGAUCUGCUGUCGCCAGCGGGCGAGACCGGCCUGCAUCCAAGACCAGCUUCAUCACUGAGAUACAGGGCAUGAUGUUUACUCUGGGAGACGUUCGUCGACCCCUGCAUGAGACAGCAGCCUUGGUGGAGGACAUUGUCCACACACAGCUCAUCACCAUGCUCCAUCAGGCCAGCGAGAGGGCCACGCUACGCGGGUCAAGGGUCAUCGCAGUGGAGGACAUCUUGUUCCUGAUGAGAAGAGACAAGAAAAAGAUGUCCCGGCUGCUGAAGUAUCUUCAGUUCAAAGAUUACAAAUCCAAACUUGUCAAGACGCUGGAGGACGAGGACACUCAGCAGGACUCAGGCGCCUUGGGCACUGUUGCCGGGGGUAACCAGCGGAGGCAGCGCCUGGCCCAGGACUACCUGAUGUGGCUGGACCACACGGGCGAGCUUCUGUCGCUGACCGAGAGAACGGAGAUGGACCCUGUCAAGCAGGAGAGACUGGAGCGUAUGGAGCGUCACAGUCGAGCAAUGGACCAGACGCAGUACUCUGAAUUCUGUGAGAGUCGACAGCUCAGCUUUGCCAAGAAAGCGCCCAAGUUUCGGGACUGGCUGGACUGCAGCAACCUGGAGCUGAAACCAAACAGCGUUGCCAUGGAGAUCAUGUCCUACCUGGCCUACGAGACUGUCGCCCAGAUCGUGGACUUGUCUCUGCUGGUGAAGCAGGAAAUGGUGGCAAAGACCAACCCCGUCAGUCAUGUGAUCUCCGUCAGUCACAUCAACUACGACACACACUCUGAGGUCAAGAAGGAAACAGACUCCCCUGAAGCCACGCCCCCCUCCACCCCAGGGUCCUCCAAGCCCCUCCUCCAAGGAAACGGCAGUGUGGACGGUCGAGCACGACAGAGGAAACGCAAGAAGAGCUGUCCUGCUACUGUGGAAAUUCCCACUGGAGCCAUCACACCCAGUCAUGUGCGAGAGGCCAUGAGAAGAUACAACUACAGACACAUGAGCGCCCAGAGGAGGAGUGGGAUGAUCUUCCUGGCCUGCUGAGUCUUUGAGACUUCUUCAGUCGUAGGUUGCUCAAAUAAACUUUAUUGAUCACUAACACACAAACGCUUUGACAUGACCUCCAUCACACGGAGGCGGGACUUGU